UGGUGGCAUCUGGAGUUAACUGUUGUUAGAGACGACCUAUUUCUCGCUGGUGCCGAGAGUAAACGUUGGCCUCGUGGUAAACAUGAUGUUCACCAGGUGUUUUUUUGCGCUUGGACUGUUGUCUUCAGCUCUGGGCAGGAGUUUAAAUUUGGGAGAGAAGUUGUCUGGAGGACCGCCCAGGAGCCAGCAGAGGGAGCGGCGUAGUUUGACGGAGUUGAAUGGAGACACUUGUACAGCUUUGCCGGGAACGGACACAACCCUCCAAAACAGCACUUAUACUUUCACCUUUAAAGUGAGAACCAUGGGUUCGCUGUCAUUGGCCUGGGUGGGAGAUGGAACAGGGGUGCUGCUGGUCUUGACAACAUUUCAGGUGCCGCUGUUCAUGAUGCGCUUUGGCCAGUCUAACCUCUACAGAAGUGAAGACUACGGGAAGACAUUCACCGAUGUAACUCACUUAAUCAAUCACACCUUCAUUCAGACAGCGUUUGGCAUUGCCAUCAGUCCUGACCAUUCUGGCAAGGUAAUUCUGACCAGUGAUGUGUCAGAAAUCGGGGGAUUCCGGCUGUUUCGCUCCCAGGAUUUUGGCCUGAGUUUUGUGCUGACUGACCUGCCAUUUGAGCCUCUCAUUCAAAUGCUGUACAACCCCAGAGACUGCAAUGUUCUUCUGACGCUCAGUGUUAUGUUGGACCUGUGGCUGUCAGAGGACUUUGGCGCCACCUGGAGGAAAAUCCAUGACAGCGUUUGUUUAGUGAGAUGGGGUCCUAACAACGGCAUCUACUUUACAACAAAUAUCAAUGGAUCAUGCAAUGAUAAAGGAAUGUUGGAACUACAGAAGACAGUGGACUACGGCAUAAGUUUCAAGACUAUUGCAAAAAAAGUUUACUCUUUUGUGCUGGGAGAGCGGUUUGUUUUUGCAUCGAUCCUGACUGGAACAGGUACAGAACGUAUGAUCCAUGUGUCAGUGGAGGGAGGUGAAGUGUGGAACAUGGCACAGCUUCCGCAAGUCAACCAUGAGAGGUUCUACUCCAUCCUGGCAGCCAAUCAGGACAUGAUAUUCAUGCACGUGGAUGACCCCGGAGAUUCUGGUGUUGGAACGAUCUAUGUGUCAGAUGACAGAGGGACUGUCUUCUCCAAGUCCCUGGAGCGCCAUCUGUACACUGCCACAGGAAGCGAUACUGACUUUACUGCCAUUUCUUCAAUCAGGGGGGUCUACAUGACCAGCAUACUCACAGAGGAUGGCGUAGUGGAGACAGUGAUCACCUUUGACCGGGGAGGAAAGUGGCAGACUCUGCGGCCGCAAAACAGUCAAUGUGACACUGAUACAUCCACUAAUAGGCCAUUAAGAUGCAGACUUCAUAUUCAUGCCUCCUACAGCAUCUCCAUGAAGAUGAAUGUCCCCAUGCUGCCUCUGUCACAGUCCAGUGCUGUAGGCCUCAUUCUAGCCCAUGGCAGUCUUGGAGACGCACAAUCAGUUCUGUCUCCUGAUGUGUAUGUGUCUGAUGAUGGCGGCUACUCGUGGUUCGUGGCCCUCAGGGGCCCUCAUCAUUAUGCCAUCCUGGAUUCUGGAGCCCUGUUGGUGGCUGUGGAACACACCAACUCACCUGUCAACCAGAUUAAGUUUUCAACAGAUGAAGGGCGGUGCUGGCAUACAUAUGACUUCACCAGCAUCCCAUUUCACUUCAGUGGUAUGGACAGUGAGCCCGGCUCUCGCUCUUUAAAUGUCAGCCUGUGGGGCUACACGAACGAUUUCAGUAAAUGGGUCGUGAUCACCAUAGACUUCAGGACACUCCUCAGCAGAGACUGCAGUGAGGGUGACUAUGUGGAGUGGUUGGCUCACUCUGCAGAUUCCACUGGGCCUAAUGAUGGUUGUGUGCUGGGUUACAAAGAGAGCUUCUUACGACUCAGGAAAGACUCUGUCUGCUGGAACGGGAGGGACUAUUCCAUCACGAAAGAGCUCUACCCCUGUCCAUGUACGCUGGAAGAUUAUCACUGCGACUUUGGAUACUACCGGCCACAGAACAGCUCUGAGUGCGUAGAGCAGGAGGAGCUGAAGGACCGUCAUCUCGAGUUCUGUUUAAAUGGAACAACUGAACAGCUACACACCAAGGGCUACCGGAAGAUUCCAGGAGAUCGAUGUGAAGGUGGUUUCCAGCCAGAGAGGAAGGAGAUUGACCUGAGGAGGAUAUGCCCCAGCAGUGCCCUGUAUCCAGAUUCUCUGACUGAGAACGCUUCAUCAAACGCUGCUGUCAUUGUAUUGGUUGUAUUGGCGAUCCUAAUGAUGAGUGGCGUGGCAGGUGUUUGGCUGGUUAAGAAAUACGUUUGCGGCGGACGGUUCCUUGUGCACCGCUACUCUGUUAUGAAGGAGAAUGUUGAAGCCAAUAAAAUAGAAGGCAUAGAUGACGUUGACACCAACUACAUGGAGACAGGAAAAUCACAAUACAACGAAGAUUCAGAUCAGGAUCUUUUGGAAUAAAUUGGAGAAUUCUCUACGAUCCAUGCGCAGUGUAAUGCAGUCCUCCGUGAUGCCUGGCCCCACUUACCAUGCUGAUUAACAUCUGCUUUUGACUUCCUGCUAUCCUCUCUUGGUUGCAGGACUUCAGCAGCAACAAGCAAAUGUCUGACAUUUCUUCUUUGUACCAGUUGGCACUCCAAAAAUUGAGAGAAAAAAAAAAGAGAGCUGCAGGUUGGUGAGGAGGUAAAGCUAGUGCAAAAUAGGAGAAUAGCUCCUUUUGUUGAUUCUGUCACAAAGGGUUGUGUAAAGACAACAGAGUCUGAACAUGUGCUCUGUGUGUUUUCUGUCAUGCUGACAUUAGAAGAGACACUUU